GACUCCGCCUCCGAUCUUGACACAGCCGGUCGGCUUACUUGAAAGGCAACACCUGUACGCUUUAACUAAGAGGAUCUGUCUUGCUGUAGACAGCUUAACGUCGUGGAGUUUUUUUUAAUCUAUAUAAAAGUUAUGGAUUUCGUUCUAAGCGGAGCAGCCGCUUGCGGAGCGUGUCUCUUCACUAACCCUCUGGAGGUUGUUAAAACGCGGAUGCAGCUGCAAGGCGAGCUGAAAGCGCCCGGGUCAUACCAGGUGCAUUACCGCAACGUCUUUCACGCAUUUUACACCAUCGGGAAAGUGGACGGCUUGGCCGGGCUGCAGAAGGGCUUGGUCCCCGGUCUGCUGUACCAGUUCUGCAUGAACGGGGUCCGGCUCGGGUCCUUCGCUGUCAUCGAGUCAGCCGGUUACAUCCACACCGAGGACGGCAGAGUUAUAGCCGGCAAAAGCAUCGCUGCCGGAGCUACAGCCGGGGUCAUAGGCGCUGUUAUGGGGAGUCCCGUCUAUUUGGUGAAGACACACCUGCAGAGUCAGUCUACCUCCUCAAUAGCAGUGGGGCACCAGCACUGUCACCAGGGAAUGGUGCAGGCGCUGCUGCGGAUACAGAAGCAGCACGGCAUUCUGGGAUUGUGGAGGGGGGCGAGCGCGGCCGUGCCUCGGGUCACGGUGGGGUCGGCCUCCCAGCUUUAUUCGUUCACCGCCUCCAAAGAGUUUAUCCGUGACCUCCAGAUCUUCCCGUCAGACAGCUGGCUUGUGGCUCUCUCGGCAGGCAUGGUCAGCAGCGUGGUGGUGGUCGUGGCCAUGACCCCCUUCGACGUGGUCAGCACGCGGCUCUACAACCAGUCCGUGGACAGCAGGGGACAGGGUCUGCUGUACCGCGGCUUUGUGGACUGUUUCAUGAAGACGGUUCGGAAGGAGAGCCUGCUGGGAUUGUACAAGGGGAUCGGAGCGUCGUACUUCAGACUCGGCCCGCACACCGUCCUGUCUCUGCUGUUCUGGAACGAGCUGCGCAAGUUUUAUUCUCAACACCAGCUGCACAGCUAGCGGAGCGACAACAGAACCGGACUCUGCCCUGCCAGAAACACCCUGAACUGGGCUUGGACCUCUAGCGCUGCUGCUGCUGCACCCAGUCCUGGGGUUCAGAGCUCCCCUCAAUGAGGUCUGUUAUUAUUAUUAAUAUUGAAAUGAUCAGGAGCCAGGAGUUUGAGCAGGGUUACAAACUCACACUAGCCCUGCUGCUGCUGCACCCAGUCCUGGGGUUCAGAGCUCCCCUCAAUGAAGUCUGUUAUUAUUAUUAUUAUUAUUAUUAUUAUUAUUAUUAUUAUUAUUAAUACUGAAAUGAUCAGACGAUGCAAACUCCACAUGCCUCCUUCGAUACGGUAUAUUAAAGAAAGUAUCACAGCUUAUCGCUACGCGGUUACCUGUCGCAGCGCUGAGAGUGGAGUGGUAGCGUGGGAGAACUGAUGAGAAAUUAUAGCCUGUGCAAGCUCUUCAUGAAUAGCACACGGUUUAAUGAAAUCAUCUUUGCUUCUGUCGUGUGCAAACCUUACAACAGGCUAUCUGAAUGUAUAAUCUGUAGUAUUUUGUAUUUAAUUAUAUCCUGAUGUAAAUAUCACUGACACUGUCAUCUGCUCCGUUAUUGAAUCGGAUUUUGUCAUACUUGUACUUGCUAGAACCAAAGUCAUUGUAUUUAUCUUGCUCUUAAUUGUAUUAAUACUUGUACUGUGAUUCUUGAAAUGUAUUUUUGUUUACGACUGUAAAUCGCCCUGGAUAAGGGCGUCUGCUAAGAAAUUAAUAUAAUAAUAAUAAUAAUAAUUAAACUGCAAUGGCUUGUGUAUUUUAUUUUGUACUAUGUGAAUAAUAAAAUCAUAGUUAAUUUAUAAUAAUACCAAUAGUUUAAAAAAAAUGCUGUAAAUAAAAGAUUUUUUUUUGGUA